GUGAGGGCACAUGUAGUUGCAGGCGUAGUUGUUUGUAGUAGCUGUAGCUGACCGUCAUGGACCAGGUUGUUGGAGGAACCGGAUCGGUGCAGGUCGCCACCCCUGAGAUCCAGAAGAUCUGUGAUGAGGUGAAGCCGCAGGUGGAGCAAAAGACCGGUAAGAAGUUCAGAGUGUUUGUUGCGAAAUCUUUCACCACCCAGGUUGUGGCGGGAACCAACUACUUCAUCAAGGUGGACGUAGGUGGGAAUGAUUAUGUUCACCUGAGGGUGUUCAAGCCUCUCCCACACGCUGGUCACAAACUGCAGCUGCAUGGAGUCCAAACGAGAAAGAAAGUCAACGAGUCCGUGGGCUACUUCUGAGCAGUGUCCACGUGGAACACACACUGUUAGUGUUAUCAGCUGUUCUCAGACCCAGAUCAGACACACAGACCCAGAUCAGACACACAGACCCAGAUCAGACACACAGCCUCAGACACACAGCCUCAGAUCAGACACACAGCCUCAGAUCAGACACACAGA